CCACUGCGGCUCUGCUCGCAGCGCCACGCGGACUCUCAACCUCGAGCAGCGCCGAGUGAGACUGCCAUGGCGGGCGUUGCCACCCUGGGCUAUGUGAGCGACGCUUCGAGCGACGGGGGCUCGGGAUUGGACGAGGCCGACAACGAGGUGCGCAACCUCACGUCACGAACCUUCAAGCGCAUCACCACGCCCAUCUCCUCCUGCGGCGACGAGACCACGCCCACACCCUGUGACGUCACCUCCUACGAUGCUGACGAGGCUGCCACGCCCACCCCGUGCGACGGGAAGGCCCUGACCACGCCAGGCCAGGAACCCGACAAAUGGCCGACGUACGUGGAGCUGGGCAUCUGGAGGAAGACCCAGCAUGCAGCGGCGCGUGCCAGCACCGCCCUGCUGAUGUCGCACAACGGCCAGCAACAAUCCGCACGCCGCACCACCACCACUACCAGCACGACCCAGCAGCAGUCUGCCAAACUGCACACCGCCACCACCACCACCACGACCAAGUCUGUGCACACGGCGAUCAAGAUAGCGCACCACAGCACCACACACACUGCCGGUUCGUACCAGAGCACCGCACACACCGCUGACCCACAGAACGGCUUCACGCACGGCACCGGCUCACAGCAGAACGCCGCUCACACUGCCGGCUCACACCAGGGCCCGCUGCACGCCGCACCCAGGAACAACACGGGGGGUCCCACCGUGGCCGCUAAUACAAAACACAGCCCGCACACCAUCAGCACCACACUUGGCAAGAAGAAGGAGGGGGGUCCGGCCAGCGCUCCCACCACCGGCACCCGAAACGCAGCCAUGCACACGUCCCACUCAGCACUCGCAGCCACCAGCAGCAGCUCCACCACAUCGCCACUCGCCAAACCGCACUCCCCAGCCACACAAGCUGGCAACCCGCACUACACUGCGCCCGCUGUCACGAACAGAACUUUCAAGCAGCAGACGUCGGGCAGCACGACCAGCGUAGACACCAGCACACGUGCCAGCUCCCGUUCCAUCACACACACCUUUUCAAACGGCAGUACGCUUAAUGCUGCCACCACACCCAACUUUAAAAACGCCACGUACAGGCAGCAACCGUCGGGCAGUUCCACUGGAGCACACACCAUCGUCUCAAACGCCAGUACACUCGCCGGCACAGACACCGGCACGCCAAAAGCUGCCACGGCCAUCUUUACCAACGGCAUAUCCAAGCAGCAGACAUCAGGCGUCGUGGUCGGUGCGCACACCAGCUCGCCCACUGUCUCAACCGGCGACACGCAUUCCGGGUCACACCCCACAGGCAGUCCAUCUCACGGGGCUCAGCUUGGCGUCGAGGGUGGCAGUGGCGGCAACAGCAGUGGCCGAGGCGGAAGCCGUGGUGGAGGUCGUGGUGGAGGGCGCGGUGGAGGCCGCGGUGGCGGUGGUGGAGGCCCCGUGCGAUACAUGGUGGCUGGGUUCCGCUUGCUGUGCCGAGCCGAGAGCCCGCCCGAUGACUCCAAAGACCCCGAGGGGGCACUCGGGGUUGCAGGGGGCGGCGGCGUUUCGACUGAGCAGAGCCCAGGGCUGGACAAAAUCAAGGGGUCGGCCAGUGCAAAUCGGGCGUCAGUGGUGGAGGAAGCCAGCGGCAUAGGGGAGGACGUGACGACGCGGGAGAGGUUGGGAGAGUCAUGGGGGCGUCGGUGGAGCGAGGGGGGGGCAGCGGACAAGAGGCUCAAAGCAGCACGGCCGCUGAGUUGCGGCACGGAGCAGCCCGCCAUCUCACGCUCGAUCGGUGCGCGCCGAUCGUCGGACAGUGGCCCCCGCAUGCCGGCACCAGCGAGCACAGCAGUGGAGGAGCCGCCAGGCCUGAGCGGCGUGGUUCGUAGCGGCGGCGGCGCCGCCGGCGGGAGUCCACACUCGGGCGCCGGUUCUUGCUGCGGCCCCGACAAGAGGGCGCUCGACGCCGGGGCGGUGAGACCGCUGCCCAAGACGCAAAGGAGCGAGACAAAGGGCGGGGCGUCCGUGUCGGGGGGCGGCAGGGGCAGGGAGAAGGAGGGCGAAGCCAAAGUGGAGGCCGAGGUGGAGGAGGUAGCGCGAGCGAGCAGCCACCUGAGCAAUGUCAUCGGGAGGCACAUGCGCCUGGAGCGGAGCCUGAGCGAGGGUGCCGACUCGCGGAGCACGGGGCCGGUGGAGACCAUGGGCCCACUGGAUCCAGGGAGCUCCACCCACCCCCUGCUGACCGGCACGCUCGCCCCAGCCGCUGGGAAAAUCACUCCGUCCGACAUGGACCACUGGAAGAUUUACUUGGACACCGACGACGACGAAGAAGAGGUUUUCGAGGCGUGUGAAGACAGGAGUGUGGGCCCUGGCGGAGCUGCCCCAGCCGGGCACUGUGACUCCCACGAGCCGGCGUUUGAGGAGGAGGUGGCCACCAUGAACAACGACGCGGAGCUGGAGGUUCGGCUCGCCGAGGCGAUGGCGCUUGGAGUGGCCGCUGUCGGCAGCUGGGACAUGAUGCCCACGCCGGGGGGCGCUCGCGUGGAUGUGGAAGGGGACGAGAGUGGUGCCGCGUGGAUGACCUCGGAAGCGGGAGUCCGCCCCGGUGUGGAACAAAUUGGGGGCUCGUUCGGGUCAAAGAGAAGGAAAAGACGCAGUGCGAGCAGCACGAGGCCCUCGGCACCAUUGUCGGCGGCCGGGGAUGUGAGGGUUGGCAACAGGGCCCAGGGCUGGGCCCAGGACAUAGCGCGCCUCCUGACGCCGAAUCUCGGGGACAAGGAGAAGGCCAAUGAGGACAGGGGCUGCGAGAGGGGCAGGGAGAGGGGCAGGGAGAGGGGCAGGGGCAGAGAGAGAGAAGAGAAUGUGCAUGCACGGAGGGCUGUGUCCCUAGACUGCUUGCCCAACACGAGAGCACGGGAGCGUGAACACGAGAGGGAGAAGCAGAAAGAACGAGAGAAGCAGAGGAGGAAAGCGCAAGAGCACGUCAAAAAGGAGAGGGAGAUGGAAAGACAUCAGGAGCAGCAGAGGGAGCGGGAACGGGAGCGAGCGAAGGAAUGGGAGAGGGAACGGCAGCAGGAUCGCGAGCACCGCCGCGCAGCGCUCGGCAAGCUCAACGAAGCCGUGCGGGCGCUCGAGACGAAGCUGGCGCUGAAGACGCGUGGACCGGGCCCUGCGAGCACCGCCGCCUCCUCCACCGCACCCACGUCUCCCGGCUGUGGCUCCGAACCAUCUCGGCGAGAACCCAGCGCCAAAGUGCCACCGUCUGGGCCUACGUCUGGGCCAAACUACUCCUCCCCCUCGCCCAACGCCUCCGUGCCCCAUCCCGUAGCGGCUGCUGAGAAAACGGCGCCUGCCAAGGCCCCGGCGGGCGAUGCCAUAACAGGUCACGUGGGCGGGCGGGCGCGCCUAGCCCGGUCGCUGUCCGCGGGAACACCGUCGCCAGGGGAGCCAGUGGCCUGGCCACGGGACCAAGCACAUUCGCGGCCACCCAGUUUUCGUUCUGUGCUGCCGCCUUCGGCAAAGGCCAAGACCGCCUCCGGGACGUCCGGGGUGACCGGGGUGACGGGGGUGACCGGGGUGACCGGGGUGACGGGCGAGGCGGCCGCAAGCGCAGGAAAUGAGGAGAAGAGCGGAGGGCGGGAUGUCACACGGGGGCCCGAGGGGGCUAGAGGAGAGGAUGCCAGCGACGGCUACUUCACCAUGUCGCCUCGCCGACCCAAGCAGCAGGAGGCUCAGCAGGAGCUUCCGAUGAAGCUAGAUGCGCCGCAGCAGCAGCAGCAAAAGCAGCAGCAGCAGGCCAAGGUUCAGCCGCCAUCCUCGCUGCUGUCUAAAGCACAGCACAAGCCGGGCCCACAGAAGAUGACGCAGUCGCAAAAACCACCAGAUCAGAAGCAAGAGCAGACAGCACAGGCACCAGAUAAAUCCCUGCUGUGGCAGAGGAGAACCCAGGCUCAAGCACAAGCGACCACGCGGCCACCGGCGGUGGCGCAACCACCCAAGCCACCGACUCAGCUGCAGACACAGCCAAACAGAGCGCAACAGCCACCAGACAGACAGCAGAGCCAGACGAAUGCCACCAAGCAGACACAACUGGACAGGGACCCACAGCUUAACCGCCAGCAACCGGUGCAGCAGCAACAGCUGCACACGGGACAGCCACAAGAACCGACACAAGCACCACAACCACAAAAUUUGCAACUGCAGAGACAGCCACAGUCUGAGCCUCCGUUUCCACAACCGAUGCAUCUGAUGCAACAGGAACUACCGCAGCCAAUUGCACAACAACCGAUGCAACAACAGCCUACGCAACAACAGCUGAUGCAACAACAGCUGAUGCAACAACAGCCGAUGCAACAACAGCAUCUGAUGCAGCAACAACAGCUGAUGCAGCAACAGCAGCUGAUGCAACAACAGCCUACGCAACAACAGCCGAUGCAACAACAGCUGAUGCAACAGCUGAUGCAGCAACAGCUGAUGCAACAACAGCAGGCGAUGCAACAGCAGCCUACGCAACAGCAGCAGAUGCAACAGCAGCAGAUGCAACAGCAGGCGAUGCAACAGCAGCCUACGCAACAGCAGCAGAUGCAACAGCAGCUGAUGCAACAGCAGGCGAUGCAACAGCAGCCUACGCAACAGCAGCAGAUGCAACAGCAGCUGAUGCAACAGCAGCAGGCGCUGUCUCACAUGGCACCGCAGUACCCGUACAUGAUGAUGCCGCAGGAUGUGUCCUCACAGGCCAUGAUGAUGUCACAGCUGAUGGCGCCACUGAUGGCUCCAUACACAACGGCCCAACCGGAGACGACGGCGGUGGCACCGCCAACGCCAGAGCCGGUGCCACCGCCGUCCGCGGCGCUUGCACCGCACGCGCCCGGCACCCCGCCGCGACCUCCCAUGUCUCCGGAGCCGAUGAUGAUGAUGUCGCCGGAGGCCGCGUCCCAGGCGGCGAUGGCGGCGCGGCAGAUGAUGAUGUCCACCAUGAUGAUGAUGAUGAUGGCCAAUCCGGCCAUGAUGCAGUUCCAGCAGGGAGCGAUGCCCUCAUUCAUGCCGGGCCACCUAAUGACGUACCCGGCCGGUGGCCCCCCCGCCAUGUCGUACCCAAUGAGCGGCGCGCCGCAGUUCCCGGGGGGCGCAAUGAUGCCCUACCCGGCGGCGUACGGGGUGCCCCAGUUCCCCCCCGCGUUUGCGCCAAACCCCACGGCGCCAGCGUACCCGCAGCCGGGCCAGUACAAGGCAACGCCCGUGACGGACACCACCCCGCCGAGCCCGACCGCCAAGCACCCGUGGGAGGCUCCCUACUUUGUCCCGUCGGGGACCCAGCCCAGCUCCCCAACGGGGGCCUUCUCUUACCAGAAUGGCAGUCACUGAUGGCUAACGACGGCAACGCCUUGUCUGUAGGUGUGACUACCUCCCCCACCCCUCCCCUCCCACCACUUGGAGGGGCAUGUGGAGGCUUUGUGCACCGGCCGGUGGCUCUUCGCCACAAGAGGAUGCGGCCGCUGAGCUUCGGCUGUACCUGCCGUGGCCUCAGUGCGGCCCCUAGCAAGGCCAUAGGGGGGAGGGCCGGCUCCCAAAAGCCACCGCUCGCUUCACACCCAUGCAGAUUCUACUAGAGCUUUCCUCGUGUCGCCACUGUGCGCCGAUACCGUUGCUUUUCUGUGGGUAAUGAUACAAUCCGUUGCACCGCACGCAAGUCCCAGUGCCGUCGCCAUUAUCACCAUUGAGUCCCACAGCCGUGCAUCCCCAUUGUGGCUGUAAUUGCGUAGACAGUGUGUGGGGGCGUGGUGGUGGGGGGUGGGGUUAGAAAACAAACGAGGGCAACUUUUCUUCUGGUCUGGGCCUCCUUGGUACGGAGCCAAUCGAUUGACGUACUAAUUUCUCAAUGAGUUAAAUUUACGACACGUAUCGAUAAUGCACUUGCGUGCAAAUGUUAAACCGUAAUUAAAAUCAAAUGACUUUCAAAAUAAAUCUGUCAUCUUGGCCAAUGUGAAUUACAACUAAGGUUAAAGAGUUUUCAAUCUAGAUGAUUUAAAAGUGCAUAUCUCCAGUGGCUUCCUAAUAUCGGAACAGCGUUCCAGACGGCCGCAGAAGCGCAUCCAAAAGUGCGUUAUGCAGUGACCAUCUUUGUUCGAUGGCUCGCCAAAAGCCGCUGCAAGGAUGACCGGAGUUCGCGUGAUGGGUUAUGUUCCUUGACGAGACCAGCAUGGUAUUGUGGUUCAUUUGUGGCAAAGUACUUUGUGUGUAAUGAGUGCGACCUUAUAAUGUGUUCGUUCAGCAACCAGAAGCCAAUGCAGCUCAGCGAGCACCGGACAGACAUGGUCAGGUCUUGCAGUACCCGUCGCGACAGGCGCCAAAUCAUUUUGUACGCGCUGCAGCUUGGUAACGUUUUUGCCAGACGUCCAGUAGAGUAGUGAGUUGCAAUAAUCGAGCCUCGUCGAUACCAUGCUACACGCCACCGUGUUGGUUAUGUCACGACUCAAUAGAGGUCGAACAUGUCAUGAAGUCCUAAAAUGUAAAUCGCAGGACCUGACGACAUUUUGCACGUGGCGAUCAAACGACAUGUUCUGGUCGAGAAUGGUGCCGAGGCUCUUUAGAUGAGUAGAAAACUGAAUCCUGGAGUCUGCGACUGCCACACCCGGUCCUCCCACACUGUUUUUGAAAGUAGAUGAUGUCAAACUCCCCGCAGAGGUCCACACUCACUUUUUUCUAACAGGGAGUUGGGGCCUGCGCCUAACAGACUCAGGGCCUUGGCCUUGUGACUCCGCACCUCGAAUCAGUUUAGACAGAGUGCCUCUAUAUGUAUGAGCAAAUGUAGUUCGACACAGUGUCUGGGUCAUGAUCAUCAUCAUCUGUCUCUUCCAUCGGUUCAUUCGUGGUAAUGGUACCCAAUAAUUCCUUUCACCGGUCUCUCUCUUGAGCCAAUGAUGCUGCUUCGUUCAGCCUCAAUGUUUUCUCUUCUAUAUAUUUUACUGCUGGAUCUAUCCCGAACCUGGAUUCAUGCUGUCCCCCCCCAAUCUCCUCUUCCACUUAUUACAAUAGUGACGAUGUUUAGUUUUACAUAGAAUCGUUCAUGCAAAUCGCAUCUCUCACAAUUUCCGAGGAACCACAGUAAAGCUGUAAGGCAGCAGCAGCAGCAGCUUAGCAGUUAGGAGGCGGCGCUACCAACCAUCGCCAGAGCUCUGCGGGCCUCAAUAUGUUGUACGGAUGGAUGCAAUGGCGGAGCCAGGAUUUUCAGGUAGGGGGGGCAACCCCUCCAGCCAUGAAACAUGAUAGAGUUGUUAGUAAGGACUUGCUCAUGGCUUUUUACUCGACGCGUGUGCGGCGAUGGUUCAGCCAUCGAUCGAGGGUCUAAUUCGAACCGCGUUGUGUGAUCGGCAUCGCGCUCGCUGAAGGUGAAUGCCUUCAGGGAAGUCGUGUACUGUAUCCGCUACUGCGCAGAAUUCUGUGAGCCACUUAUAACCGCUUUGCCGUUACCUAUUGCCAAUUAUGUACUCAGACUAUUGUCCUAUCAUCUGAUAGCUUCCCUGGCACAUAAUAAUAUGCUACACAGUGGCAGUGGGGGUUGUCGAUUUAUCACUAAUAAACCCCAAUGAUCCAAUCUAUCGGAUCAUUGGGGGGGGGGGGGGCACGUGCCACCCCACCACCCCCUAGCUCCGCCAGUGUAUGUAUGUUUAACUUCUUUCGCACCGUACGUAGCCAACCGUGCUAACUGGAAGUGUUCUCCCGUGUCCGAACCCCUGCGAUAUUCUCUCCGUGACUUUGUCUCUGGAGGUUCAACUCUUAACUGGUUUCUAACCUGGGGCCCGUAAGAACUUGAAUAAUUAUCCAGUGAGCUUUUGGCACCGACACUUUGCGAUGCUUGCUCAGGGCUGCGUGGGCGGCUCCUGGAUCAUUUGAGAAGUUACAGCAUCUGCUGCUAUUGCUGCUGCUGCUGUUGCUACCCCUGCCGCUGCCGCUAGACCCUAAAUUAGGCUCGUGUAUGUCGUGCUAGUGCAACUUGUCAACACCACAAUUAUGGCACGACAUCAACUUGUACGAGUGGUGGGAGUCCGCUGUCCAACCGGGAUAAAGGCCAACGGGGCGGGCGGGUGAGUGGGUAAGCAGGUGAG